AUGGAGGUUGGAUUGGGACUGGGAAUUGAGGAGUACAUCCCGAGUGGGAGAGCGAAUAAGCCGUUUUGGGCUCGUGGGGAGGACAUGCUAGGUUACUCACUGAAUGCGCUGCGGACGGCCCAUUUGGAAUUCGUCGAUGCCGCCGGCUCCCCCCCGCUGCUCUCGCUUGGUGAGGCUAUGCUGAGCUCCGACCACACUUCCCCAAGCUCGUCGCCUUGGCGUCCUGUGUUUAUGAAAUUGCAGGCCUGCCACGCAAGGAAUAUGAAACUGUGCGCAGCACUAGCAGCUGCUGCAAUGAUCCCCGCACGUUUCUACCACUCGGUCAUUACCAAUUCACGCGACGUCAACCGGGAGGACGAGCUGUGGGAGCUGGCUCAGAUGUGUUAUAAAUCCUAUGCUGACGCCAAGAACAACAACAAGCACUUGAGCGACAUGUCAGACCUCAACUUCCUCAUGGUUAAGGCCAUCGAGAACCCUGGCCUAACACCUUCUUCGGCCCAGCGAAACGCAUUGGUCUCGGUGUUCGAGGAUGUGCUGAUCGGCCACACCAACGAUCUGCAUUCCCUGCUUGGCGUGGAGGACUUCGUAGGGUGUGCUUCAGUCCACAGCGUGGGGCCAUCCCUCGCCAUUUUUGAUACCAUCAGGAACGGGGAGCUCGAUUGUGCGUGUGUUUAUCCGUCACCAAUGCACUCCAGGGAUCAGAUGCACAAGUUGGUGGAUGAUAUCAAGCGGAUUCUCGUCGAUGCCUUAUGA